AUGCGCGCAGCCUGCUUCCGGCCCGGGAGCGCGGUGUGUUUGGCCUUUCCGCCGGAUGGAGUUCCUGCUCCAGCUUCCUAGGACUGAGUCUUCCAUGUGCCAUGGUCCCGAACUCAGGUCCCUUCCCUGAAGGGCCCCUCUUAAAGCUGCUACCUGUAGAUACUAGGGACCGGGGCACCCAGCGCUGUCGCCUGGGUCCCGCCGCCCUCCGCACCUUGGGUGCGCGUGUGGGCUCGGCAGUGAGGAUCUUGCUGCCCGAAGGCGGCUCCUGCCUCUGCACUGCCUGGCCGCGGCGGGAUGGAGCUGAUGGUUUUGUGCAGCUGGACCUGCAGUGCGCAAGUCCCGGGGCGGCGGUGGGGGAGCGGGGUUCCCCGGGGACUCUCAGCCUGAGCCGCCUCAGCCUGGUACCCUGCCCGCCCCUGCGGCGCCUCUCUGUGUGGCCAGUGUUGCGAAUGCCCGCAGGCGCGCCGAGUGCCCCGAGUCCAGCCGCGGUGCUGGAAGCCGCGCAGGAGCUGCUGAGGAACCGACCGGUCUCCCAGGGCCACGUGGUGGCCGCUCCGCCGGGCGACCCAGGCCCUGUGACCGCCCUGCACAUCAUCGGCGGGACACCCAACCCGGAUCCAGCGGGGCUUGUCACCCCUCGAACCUGCAUCGCUCUCUGCCGGGAGCCUCCGUCAGCGGCGGAGCCACAGCCCGAGGUGUCCCUAGGGGGCCUUUCGGAGGCGGCCGACUCGCUGCGGGAGCUCCUCCGCCUGCCGCUCCGCUAUCCCAGCACCCUGGCCGCGCUGGGGCUAGCUGUGCCCCGUGGGGUGCUCCUGGUGGGUCCUCCCGGAGUGGGCAAGACCCAGCUGGUGCGGGCUGUGGCCCGGGAAGCGGGCGCAGAGCUGCUGGCGGUGAGUGCUCCGGCGCUGCAGGGCUCCCGGCCUGGGGAGACGGAGGAGAACGUGCGGCGGGUCUUUCAGCGCGCCCGGGAGCUGGCCAGCCGAGGGCCUAGCCUGCUUUUCCUGGACGAGGUGGACGCCCUGUGUCCGCGGAGGGGCGGCCCACACCGGACCCCCGAGAGCCGCGUGGUGGCCCAGGUGUUGACGCUCCUCGACGGCGUCUGCGGGGACCGCGAGGUGGUUGUUGUGGGAGCCACCAAUAGGCCAGACGCGCUAGACCCAGCACUUCGCAGACCCGGGAGAUUUGACCGAGAGGUUAUCAUCGGGACUCCCACACUUAAACAAAGAAGGGAAAUUCUACAGGUUAUUACCUCAAAGAUGCCCAUCUCCAGUCAUGCCAAUUUGGGUCUCCUUGCAGAAAUGACAGUUGGCUAUGUUGGUGCCGACCUGACAGCACUCUGUAGGGAGGCAGCCAUGCACGCUCUCCUUCACAGUGAAAAGAACCAAGACAAUCCUUUGAUUGAUGAAACAGACUUCCUUGAAGCUUUUAAGAAGAUUCAGCCUUCAUCAUUUCGAAGUGUUAUUGGAUUGAUGGACAUCAAGCCUAUUGAUUGGGAGCAGAUUGGUGGCCUUGAAGAUGUAAAACGGAAGUUAAAACAGAGCAUUGAGUGGCCUCUGAAAUUCCCUCAGGACUUUAUUAGGAUGGGCCUAACACAACCAAAGGGCCUUCUCCUCUAUGGGCCCCCUGGAUGUGCUAAAACCACCCUGGUGAGGGCCCUGGCCACAAGCUGUCACUGCUCUUUUGUUUCAGUGAGUGGAGCUGAUCUCUUUUCACCUUUCGUUGGAGAUUCAGAAAAAGUUUUGUCUCAGGUAUUUCGACAAGCAAGAGCAAAUACUCCAGCAAUUGUGUUUUUGGAUGAAAUUGACUCAAUCUUGGGGUCUCGCUCAGUUAGCAAAACAGGAUGUGAUGUUCAAGAGCGAGUUCUUUCCAUUCUCCUGAAUGAGUUAGAUGGUGUGGGACUUAAGACAAUAGAAAGAAGAGGAAGUAAAUCAAAUCUACAGGGUAAAUACCAGGAGCUGAAAAAAAUGAAGAGCUUAGAGUUUCAAGAAGUUUUUAAUCAAAAUGUCAUGAUUGUUGCUGCAACAAAUAGACCUGAUGUGUUAGAUGAUGCCUUAUUAAGACCUGGAAGAUUGGAUAAGAUCAUCUAUAUUCCCCCUCCAGAUCAGAAGGGCAGGCUUUCAAUUUUAAAAGUCUAUACAAAAACCAUGCCAAUAGGACCUGAUGUUUCCUUAGAAAACCUAGCAGCAGAAACCAGUUUUUUCUCUGGAGCUGAUCUUAGAAACCUCUGCAAAGAAGCUGCUUUGCUGGCUCUACAAGAAAAUGGACUGGAAGCAACCUCAGUGAAUCAGGAACACUUUCUACAAUCACUUAAGACUGUAAAACCAUCCUUAAAUCACAAGGACUUGACUUCAUAUGAAAACUUAUUUAAGAAAGAAGGAUUUUCGAACUGGGCAGAUAUUUAAAAAUUACAUCUUUGUUCAGUUGUUCACAUUUAUCUAAGUGUGAGCUUGCUUUUGGUUUCCAACUUCACACUUUUAGACUUUGUGUGUAUAUUUUUUGUAAAUAAAUAAAAAUACAGAUUUGGGGAUGUAGCUCAGUGGUAGAGCUUCCCUAGCAUGUGUAAUGCCCUGGUUUCAACCUGUAGCGCUGCAAAAACAAAAUUAAAAAUUUUACAUUUUAUAAACUAA